GUUGGUGUGGAUCUGGGUCUGGGGAAAGUUAUAAUUGGGAAUGAGAGAGAUAGGUUUGGGAUUUCUUAAAUAGUUGUUCAAUGAUCAACUACAUAUUUCAUAUAUAAUGUUUACUAUUUUACUUUAUUUCAUUGGAACCCUCUGCAGUCUCUAAUUUAAGACUUUGAGGGUUCCUGGGAUAGAGCAAUUGACUUGCAGCAUUGUUAGUUUCCUGGGCAAUUCCCUAGGCACUUGCUCUGCCAGCUUGUUCCAUACAUGCACCAUCCUUUGCGUGAAAAUGUUAUAACAAAUGAAGGCAAGCAUGCCAAAUGGCUUUGUCACCACCUAGUCUAUAUUCCACAAAAUAAUUUUCACUCUUUUUGUCUUUGGUCGUUCUCAUGCUGGCUCUUCGGAUAAUGACAUGUCAGAGGACUGAAGAAUUACACGUUAUUCCUUGUUCAAAAGGUUGUGAGGAGGAGCUAAGCACUACGUGCCAAUAAGUUUAACUUGAUUGGUUGCAAAAGCAUUUAGAAACGGCAAUUCAGACAAAAUUAACAAUAUGGACUAAUUAAGGAAGCCAGUGUAGAUGUGUUCUAGGCAAAGCAGUAUAAUUUGUUUGCAAUUUUGAUGUAACAAUAUCAAAGAAGGUAAUAUAAUCGAUUGUGGUGCAUGUGGCCUUCUAAAGGACAUUUUGUAGAUUUAAAAGGUUUGAUAAAGUACUCAACUGGAGAAAUUAUUCCUGCCAGCAGCAAGUUUGAGAACUACGAUAAACCAGUUUAUAGAUGACUGGUAAGAGUGACAGUGGUGACUUGAGAAAGUGUUUUGUGCAGUGAGAGCAAAAACCUGCAGGGCUACAGGCAAAAGAUGGAGUUGAAUUGCUUUUGGAGGGAGCUGUCAUGGACGCAACUGGCUGAAUGGCCUCCUGUGCUAUAACCAUUCUGUGAUUCUAUUGCAACAGCAUCCAGAGAAGUUUAUUAGGUGGCCUAAUCAAGAUUUUCAAGAUGAUGGAUUUUGAUAGUGUGAAUAGAGAAAAAACAGUCCGGCUGGUUUCACUAUUUCAAGAGAGAAAGAAAAGCAAAUUCUUACAGAAGCAAUAUUCAAAACUAUUGGCCAUGGUAACGCUCAUCCAAACUUUCACAGACCAUACUGAUGACGUUAACUGUUGUGCCUUCUCUUCCACUUACCUGGCUUCCUGUUCAUUGGACCGAACAAUACGCCUUUAUUUAUUGAAGGAUUUCUCAGAGCUUCCUUUCUCGCCACUAAAAGGUCAUAGUUAUGGUGUACAUUCCUGUUGCUUUAGUUCUUGUGGGAAGUUUCUAGCUUCCAGUUCAACUGAUGGGAACACUGUGCUAUGGAAUCCCAGUUCAGGAGAGAAGUUGGCAACAUUGAAACAGCCCAGUGAAAGUCCAGUAAGGGUUUGCAAAUUCUCUGAUAAUUCCAAUUAUUUGAUAUCUGGUGCAGCUGAUGGUACUGUGGCAUUAUGGGACGUUCACAGGAAGAAACUUCGCAGGACAAGUGCUGUUGCGGAUGGAUCGGUAAUUGCUUGUGAUUUUUCUCCUGGUGGAAACUACUUUGUAACUGGCUCAACCUCUGGAGAGCUGACUGUCUGGGAUUGCCAAAUGAAGUGCCUUCUAAAUAUGAAAACAGCUCAUGACUUGGGAGUCACCUGCUGUGUAUUUUCACCUCAACCAAUCAAUGGUGACAUGGAUAAUUCAGGACCACAUUGCUUUCUGAUGGCUUCUUGUGGUCAGGACAACAAAAUUAAUUUCUGGAUUGUGUCUUGUAAAGAGCCAGCAGACUGUGACCUCAGAAUGAAAUGCUCAUUAAACCGGCACACAGCUCCUGUUUUGUCAUGUUGUUUUUCACCAGAUGGGCAGAUCUUAGUUUCCGGGUCUGUUGACAAAUCUAUAAUCAUUUGGAAUUCGAACAGUGGAGCGCCGCUUUAUACACUGACACAGCAUGAACGGUAUGUGACGGCUUGUGCAUUUGCACGUGAUCUCCCCCUAAUUGCAACUGGCUCUAUGGAUAAAACUGUGCACAUAUGGAAAAUUGGAUUUAAGAACAAUUCUGAUAAUGAAUUUUCGGGGAAACUUAGACGUUCUGUUCAGCACUGGUCAGAAGAUGAGGUCUCUUGGUGGCUUUCAGGAGAAGAGCUGCAAGAUUUAAUCGAUGUUUUCAAAUCGAACAACAUUGAUGGUCAGGAAUUGUUGAGUCUUACUAAAGAAAACCUUCAGAACGAUUUGAAAGUUGAGUCACUUGGACUGCGUAACAAAGUAAUGCGAAAAAUUGAGGAACUAAAAGCCAAAAUGGAAUCUGUGUGUGUUGAAGUACCAGAUGAAUUCCUCUGUCCAAUAUCACGGGAGAUCAUGACUAAUCCAGUGAUUGCUUCAGAUGGCUAUUCUUAUGAGAGAGCAGCAAUUGAGAGCUGGAUUAAUACUAAAAAACGUACAAGUCCAAUGACAAAUAAGCCAUUGGAAACAUCUUUAAUAACACCCAACAGAACCCUUAAAAUGGCUAUUGACCGUUGGAUAGAAGGCCAACAAGUAUUACGAAUGCCAGCAAACCAAGGAUGCAAUUAAAUCUUAGGACUUGUAAAGUGGCUACCUGUAUAAAGAGAAGAAAAUGCAGAAACAUACCUAAACAGAUGCUUAGGAAAAAAGCAUAGCAAAUAGGCUACAAAAAACCUCGCAAGAACCUUAACAAGCAGUACACGGGACAAACAGUGAGUCAUGUCUUUGUGGCUAGUUUUCUGCCUAUCACUAGUAUCCUUACUUAAAGAGGAGGAAGGACACCAGUUCAAAUGGGACAACACAUCCAUCUGAAGACAAGCCAAACAGGGAGAUGCAUGAGAAUUCCUAGAAGCAUGGCAUUCGGAGUUCUAUCAACAAUUUGGACACCAUCUACCACCCUCUAAGAAAAAGAACAGGAAAUGACAUCGCCAACCCAAGGAAACCUAAACACAUAAAUAGAAAGCAGGACAUACAUCAGCACUUCACUAGAGGCUCACUGAUAAUGUUACCUAGUGACAAAAUGUCUGAAAACGAACCCCUCCAGCUCAGCAAGCAAAUUCAUCCAGAGCAAAACAAAAUAAUUAAAAUCCUAAGAAUUGCAAAUGUGCUAAACCAAAAACCAUAAGGCUAUAUGUUAUGAAGGAAAGACCAGUGACUUGGACUUGCAAACUGAAAAACUUUAAGAGUAGAACAAGUGAACACAAAUUCAAGCUAAUAAUAAAAAGCAAAUUUCAGGAUUCUGUUAGAAAAAUUAUUUAUAUCCAGAUUAACAAAGAGAAUAGAUUUUCAAAAACAGUUAAAAUUCUGGAAACCUAACAAAUAAUUUGGAGGGUAGCUAGGAAUGUGCUAAAUAAUUACAGGACAAGCUCUCUUAUAAAAUGGGUAGCACAAAUUUGGUUAUCCAAAAUCUGUAGUUUAGUGUAUACUAGAUGCUUUACUUGCACAGUUAUGCUGAAUUAUUAUUUAAAUAUAAAGAAAUCAAAAGUUGGAAAACCAGAUUUCCAUACAAAUUGAUGUCACUCGUGUCAUGGAUCUGUUGGCUAAUAACCGGAUUUCUAGUUCUAAAAUAAGCAUUCAGGAUUCUUACAGAGACUGUGGUUCUGGUUUUGCACCAAAACAGAUGACAGAUCUAGGAAAAACCUUGGUGGUUAGGAUAACCAUUUCCAAACUCUAAAUAUUUGAGUUUUCUAUAAAUUCUGACAGAAUCUAAAAAAACAUUCCUCCUCUCGGAAUAUCAAAGCAAGAAAGAUGGGAGAUCAUGAGAAGCAAAGAAGAAACAGCCACUUAAUUUCCACAGUGCUAUGAUUUUUCAGAAAGUAUAAAAUUCUACUGAAGCAUAAGCAAGGUUAAAAGUGAAACUGUAAGCUUAAGGCAGGGUAAUUCUGAUAGAUGUAUAAAUACUAUAGUGAUGCAUUUUAUAAGAUGGCUGUAAAUGAAAAGAAUUUAUUUGGAGAAAAAUACAUACAUCAGUUUAGCUCAAACAAGAGUGCAACUGAAGAAAGCGAUUCCAGUGAAGACAAGCAUUUGAGAGUUAACAAAUCCAACCUUGAAGGACUACAUACAUUUGAACCCAGUGAAUCUGUAGGUUUUAAGCUGUUAAGAUUACAUGCAUUAUCAUACAGUAGUUAUGGCAAAUUGAGAGAAUCCAGCUGCAUUGAAGAAUAAUGUAAAUUAUAUUUGUAUAAUUUUGCAUCAAUGAAACCUCUGUCUGACUCAACCUUUUUGUCAAUAAUUAAAAGUAAACGUCUUUGCCCUCAAAAAUGCAUGUUAAUCUCAUUUUGUUUGUUAUUGUAACUAUCCCAUCUAAAACAUUAAAUGAGAGAAACCCA